AUGGCACUGAAGAGAAACUCGGGAAAAUGCCGGAAGAAGAAGAUCGAACGACUUGGCCAUCACAAAAAGACGGAAAACCAUGUGAAAACAAGCAGCAGGAAGUGAAACACUCAUUAACCAUUACAGUCAAGCCAAGUCAAGCGUACCCCCCAAGGUUGCAUUACUGAAUUUAUUAUUCGAAAGUUGAAUCCGUAGGUAGUUGUAGAUUUCAGAUUAAUCUCUGCAUUUUCCAUGCGUAAUGAGCCGUGAAUUCACACUCAAGGCAGUUACAAAAUUUCUACCAGCUAGGUUUCCCUGAAUUUGAUGUAAAUGUCGUCUAUGAAGUUUAACCCAUUCAAAGAUUUUCAAUCUGACCAAAUACAGGGAGGUUCUCGUAAAAUUCUCACUGCUCAUUAAGCAUGCUGGAAUGCCGAUUUGAAUUUAACACUAGUUACCGGAAGGACUAAAGGAUUCAUUUUUCAAAUAAUCAAUUCAUUAAUAGAAUCAUUAAUAGAAUCGAUAAAAAAAACUAAGUCCUGAAAAAUCAUCGCUCUCAGCCAAUCAGAAGCAAGAAAACAAAGUAGCCGCCAGCCGCCAUUGAACUGCUUGAGCUGGGGGAGACUGGGGACUAAGAGAGAAAGAAGAUGGCCCUGAAAAAUGGCGGAAAGUUUAAAUGAUUGAGGUAAACAAGAUUAACGAGCUUAUUUGAUUUUUGACAAGUUUAUCUGUAACAUUUACUGUUCUGUAUUUCGCCUAGAUGAAUUCUUUAAAUGAACAGCCAGCGAAUGUGCCUUUAAACCCAGCAUGGAAAUCUAAAUCAUUGCGAAGAUCUGCGACGUUUGCCGAGCGUCUGGAAAUUAAAACAUGCACAGUUCAUAUAGCUCAAAAGGUAAUUAUGGAAGUUUUACUGUACGGUAUUUUAUAGCAUCUCGAAAUCGAGAUGUGUUAACAAUUUCUUCUUCGAAAAGAAGAGGAAAUUAUCAUUUUCUUUCUAAAUUUGUAAUUUACAGGUCUCUGCUGUGCAAUGUAAUUAUACCUAUUCAAGAGAAUCCCAUUAUUUCUUGCUAGUUCUAUUCUAGAAGUCAUUUCCACUAUCUAGCAUCACGCAUAAGUGAUUCCUGUUGGAGGAACUUAUUAUGAUAAUUUUAGACAGGUUACUAAUUUGUUUUAAAUACACUUUUGUGUUUGUUCCUGCUGUGUCCAGCAAAUUUGAGCAUCCCUUAGCAAACAUGAAUAAAAUGUUUGUGUAGUCACAAAAGAAUGUGUAGAUACAUUGGCCGGGUUAAGAGAGUAGGUCAAAUGUCUUCAACAUUUUGAGAAAAAAAGAAAUGUUGAGACUAAAUUGCGACCUAGUUUAAAUGAGAUUACAGUUGACUCUCCCUCUCUUAACAGACAUCUCAUUAAAACGGAUGCCUAGACUUGGUCCCUGCCUUUCUUAAAUCUCUUUAUUUGACCCUAAUAUUAGCAGUCAGUAUUGCAUGGCUAAUACUGUGCCAGACGUGCCAAGAAGUCUCACGAUUUUAUGACCUAUCUCACGCUCUCACGAGUUAACGACUGAUUUCUCAUGCUUUCUCAAAAGGUAAAACUCCAAAAACAUUUGGAGUUGUCAGGUUCAUUUCCAAGUUAGAUGGCAAUACAUAGCCAGCUCAAUCCCAAGAAAAUGCUUAGCAUGUCUUGUAUGAUUACAUUCUUUUAGCCCACCGCGGCUUGCCGCUGCCACUAAAUGUGCAGACUUACUGUUUCUCUUGUUUCAAGACAGCCGUCAACAAACAGAAAUUACAAAACCCAAAUCGUAAAAUUGAUCUUGAUGUUUACUGCUGCAGCUUUAAAGUGAUAUGGGACUUCCAAUACCCAUAAUCCCCAGUAUAAGUCCUUCCACUAGGAUAUUUGAGACAUCUCAUGACUUUUGACCCACUUCUCACCACUUUUCCAGGCUCUAGGUUCAUAUUCUCACAUUUUUUGCCUUUUAGCAAUUGGCAAGUCUGCUGUGCUUAUGGAGCCCACAUUGACAAAACCGAUCAGGCUCCUGUCUUCAUAAAGAGAACAAGCAUCUUACAAGAGGUACAGUUUAAGGUGUCAGACUUGUAG